GGAUAUACAUGCGUAUUGAAUAUGGAAAAGAAAUAAAAUUGAAAACAAACAGAAAGCAAGGAAGGAGGUGACACGAGCAAAAGCACAGCAAAUCCAAUUCAAUCCAACCUUUUCUUUAUUAUUAUUAUUACUUACCUUUUAUCUACUGGUAAUUUCUGUUUCUAGUAGUAGUCUACUGGAUUUGUAACGAACACUGUUCGCAUCCCAAAAUUCUCACAGGUUCCCCAAUUUGGUAUUUUACGUAAUUUUACCUGAAAAAGAAGGGUAUAUUCACUUCCGCCCCUGCCUCCUUCAACCCGUCGUUUAUAUUUUCCGCAAACUCUAACACUUUCUAGUUCUACGGCCCGCUUCUCUUUCCUCUCUCUACCACUGUGUGUGUGUGUCUUUGUCCCCCGUAUAUCUCUCUCUGAACUCUGAUCUCAUCCCCGCCGUCUCUGUAAACCUAUCACAGUACAAUUCGCAGAGAUCCAGUCAGGUAUAACUCUUAUCUCACAUUACCAGAUCUGCUUCUGCUCUUGCUCUUAGUUAUUGGACUGCUGCCGCCAACGGAGCUCUGUUUCAGAUUCAUUCGCUCUCUCCCUCCCCUCUCCGUCUCUGCGUGUACACAUCUGUAAUUCUGCGUCCCUCUUAUCUCUUACUCUGAUCGUUCUUUCUCGGUAUGGCGGAUCGAGCUGUUUUCCUAUUUUCCCCUGGGUUCUGGUUCGUCGUAUUCGAUUUGAUUGAUCAGAUUGGCUUAUCCGAUGGUGUAGUUAGCAGUUUUCGUGAGCUGGUUUCUUUCUCCUGCAAGUUUCGAUGAACUCGAUGUGCCGGAUCUGAUUGUUUUGCGGAUCUAUAUCUAUUGGAUUUUAGAGUGCAGCUGCUCAUAAUAAUAUUAAUAAUUGUUUGGUUCGAUUCAUGCAUCCUGAAUGUUUUAUUUAUUUUUGGCCCUUGCCUGUGCGUUUGGUUUGAUUUUUGUUAGACUGUGGAGUGUUUGGUGGAAAUCUGCUGGGGAACGGGACUGCUUGUUAGCUGUGCAUGUCAUUUGGAUGCUGUUUGGUUCGUUGCACGUGUCUAACGCCUUUUUGGUUUGGGCUUUCUUUUUCUUAUCCGAUUGGGAUGGGUGAAAAAUAUCGUGGGUGACAUUGAUCGAUGAAAAAUAUCGUGGGUGGGUUUCAAUGGUGAUUGUUGAGCCGUUUGUAUGCAUGCGCUGAAUUUGAAGAGUUUUCUUCAGACUAGGAUUGAACAUGUUUCUUGCCUAUUGUUUCUUUUUGCCCUCUUUUUAGCUCUUUUCUUUCUGAAGCUGGUUGCUUUCUUGGUGGUUGUAGAUCUUAGCUGUUGAGAUGGCGACAUCCACAGCUGGGGCCACAUCAUGGUACAAGGGGAGAGUGAAAGCUGUGCCAUCUGGGGACUGUCUGGUCAUAGUGGCUAUUACCAGCAAGCAAGGACCUCCUCCAGAGAAGACCGUCACUUUGGCUUCACUUAUGGCACCGAAGCUGGCCCGGAGAGGCGGUGUUGAUGAGCCCUUUGCCUGGGAUAGUAGAGAGUUUCUAAGAAAGCUUUGCAUAGGGAAGGAAGUUACUUUCAAAGUCGAUUAUGCUGUGCCCUCAAUUGGGAGGGAAUUUGGUACUGUCUUCUUGGGUGAUAAAAAUGUUGCUGCACUUGUUGUUUCUGAAGGCUGGGCAAAGGUCAGAGAGCAGGGAUCGCAGAAAGGAGAUGCUAGUCCUUUUAUUGCUGAACUGCGACGCCUUGAAGAACAAGCUAAGGAACAAGGUCUCGGCAAAUGGAGUAAGAAUCCUGGUGAUGCCGAGGCGUCUAUCAGAGAUCUUCCCCCUUCUGCAAUUGGAGAUGCUAGUUACUUGAAUGCUGAGGCUUUUUUAGCUACAAACAAAGGAAAACCUAUGGAAUGCAUUGUUGAGCAAGUUCCGAAUGGAAGCACCAUCCGCGUCUAUUUGCUUCCAGAUUUUCAGUUUAUUCAAGUCUAUGUCGCAGGAGUCCAGUGCCCAUCCAUGGGCAGAAGAGCAUUAGUUGUCCCUGUUCCAGAAAAAGAGGAUAAAUCAGGCGAGUCUAACGGAGAUACUUCUGAGCGUAGUGUGGCAGAGAGAGUUGCAGCUCGAGCAACACAUCAAGACAAUCCUCCCCAGCCAUUUGCUGUUGAAGCCAAACAUUUCACAGAGCUCCGUGUUUUAAAUAGAGAAGUUCGUGUUGUUUUCGAGGGUAAAGACAAACAUGGUAAUUUGCUUGGUUCAGUAUAUUAUCCUGAUGGGGACACAGCGAAGGAUUUAGCAUUGGAACUUGUUGAAAAUGGUUUUGCUGAAUAUGUUGAAUGGAGAGCCAGUUGUCUGGAAGAAGAUGCCAGGCGUCGGUUGAGGGCUGCAGACCUUGAAGCAAAGAAAAGUCGCCGGAAUAUGCAUGUCAAUUAUGUUCCAGGCGCUAAAAAUUCGAAAGCAAUACACGACCAAAAAUUCACGGGGAAGGUUGUGGAGGUUGUAAGUGGUGAUUCCAUCGUUGUAGCUGAUGAUUCUUUCCCUUGUGGAAGUCCACUGGCUGAAAGACGAGUCUUUCUUUCAAGUAUUAAGUGUCCUAAGAUGGGGAAUCCUCGUGCAGACGCCAAGCCAGCUGAGCCAUAUGCCCGGGAAGCCAAGGAGUUUCUGAGAACACGGCUCAUUGGCAAGCAGGUACAUGUGCAAAUGGAGUACUCCUGGAACCCCCCUGAUGCUGCUGGUGUUGGAGACUCUAGAUUGAUGCAUUUUGGGUCAGUGUUUCUCCCAUCUUCUACCAAGGGGGACAAUGAUGAAACAUCAGCAACAGCACCACCAACUGCUGCUGGUCAGCCAGCCGGUAUCAAUGUGGCUGAGUUAAUUAUUUCUCGUGGCCUUGGUGAGGUUGUAAAGCAUAGAGAUCAGGAUGAAAGAUCAAGCUACUAUGAUGCCCUUCUUAAUGCUGAAUCGCGAGCUAUUGCUGCGAAGAGAGGGAAGUAUUCUUCCAAGGACCCUGCAGCCAAGCCCAUGCACAUAACAGAUCUUACCUCUUCUAAGAAUAAUAAUGCAGGAAUUGCCAAGAAAGCAAGAGAUUUCUUGCCGUUCCUUCAACGUGGUAGGAAGAUUGCAGCUGUAGUGGAAUACGUGCUAAGUGGUCAUCGCUUUAAGCUGCUGGUUCCCAAGGAAACUUGCAGCAUUGCCUUUGCUUUGUCUGGUGUUAGAUGCCCUGGCCGUGAAGAGCCUUAUUCCGAUGAAGCAAUCACAUUGAUGAGACUGCGGUUGAUGCAGAGAGAAGUAGAGAUUGAGGUCGAGACUGUAGACAGAAACGGAACUUUCUUAGGAUCCUUGUGGGAGUCAAGGACUAACAUGGCAACAGUUCUUUUGGAAGCUGGCCUUGCUAAGCUACACACUGCCUUUGGCAGUGACAGGAUUCCUGAAGUACAUCUACUUGAGCGGGCUGAGCAAUCUGCCAAAAAACGGAAAUUGAAAAUAUGGGAGAACUAUGUUGAAGGUGAAACGGUCUCUAAUGGUGCACCAACCAUGGAAGGCAAGCAGAAAGAAGUUCUGAAGGUUGUGGUUACUGAAGUCUUGGGAGGUGGCAAGUUCUAUGUCCAGACGGUUGAUGAUCAGAGAGUAGCAUCCAUUCAGCAACAGCUCGCAUCCCUCAAUCUUCAGGACUCUCCUGCACCUGUUAUUGGUGCUUUCAAUCCUAAGAAGGAGGACAAAGUACUUGCUCAGUUCAGUGCAGAUAAUUCUUGGAAUCGAGCUAUUAUUGUCAAUACCCCGAAAGGAGUUGUCCAAUCACCAAAGGAUAAGUUCGAGGUCUUCUACAUUGAUUAUGGAAACCAAGAAGAGGUCCCAUAUGCGAAUUUGAGACCUAUUGAACCUGCACUAUCUUCUGCCCCGGGGCUUGCUCAGCUUUGCACCCUGGCAUAUGUUAGGGUCCCUGACCUUGAUGAAGACUUCGGUCCAGAUGCUGCCGAGUUUUUGAGCGCCAACACUUUGAGCACUUCAAAAGAAUUCAGAGCCAAAAUAGAGGAGAGGGAUACCAUUGGAGGGAAAGUCAAAGGGCAGGGCACUGGCCCAAUCCUAAGCGUAACCUUGGUGGCUGUGGAUGCUGAGAUUAGUGUAAAUACAGCCCUGGUUCAGGAAGGACUGGCUAGGAUGGAGAAGAGGAGGAAGUGGGACCCAAAGGAUAGGAAAGUUGCACUUGAUAACCUAGAGAAGUUCCAGGACGAAGCACGUUCGGCCAGGAGGGGAAUGUGGGAGUAUGGAGACGUGGAGUCGGACGAUGAGGAUGUUGGUGCUCCACCAGCACGCAAGGCUGGCGGCCGUUGAUGAUAAGCGUUUUCGGCAACAAAAUUGCUCAUGUACAUUAUGCAUACUUUGAGCACACAGGUAAAAUGGUGCACUGCAAAAUGAAGAUGACGAGACAUGGGCUACAAGAGUGAAUAUGAUGAGGACAUAAAGCUAAAUCCUUCCCCAUUUAGGAUUCUAUAUAAGAGAGGUGAGCCGCAGGAUGCAGAGUUUUGUUUUUGUACCCGGAACAUGCUUCAGUUUUAGUUCCUCUCCAUUUGAGGUAAGAGGGGUUAUAAUUUGUAGGCGAGAUGCGGAGGUGAACAAAUUUUUCCCCCUAGUUCUAAUAAGGUGAACUAUUUAUAGCCAGUUUGAGUUUUAGCUUGAGAUGUUGGGUGAAAAAGUUCAUAAAAAGAAAGGACAGUUUUGGUAUUUGCAACUUUCUGGUUGCCAUUUACGGAGGAGCAGAUCAGGUGCAUCACCUUGUAGUCAUUAACUAUGCAUAAUCCAAUUAAAAUCUAUCACAUCGA